GCACCUGGAAGACUCCAGUGAGAAUUGGAGUGUAACGAGUUAGCAGAGGGAAAGGAGUUGUUUCCACCUCAUGGAUCCCUUGGGUGCCCCUUCCCAGUUUGUGGAUGUUGAUAGUCUGCCAGGCUGGACUGAUGCCUAUGAGGCUGAGCAGCUGGACUCUCACCAAAAUCCAGUUGAAAAAGCUCAAGUUGAAGUUAGAUCACCUUUUCCAUACAGGAAAGACAUCAAUGCGAAAAUAAUCUUAUGGAAAGGAGAUGUAGCGUUAUUGAACUGCACAGCCAUAGUAAAUACCAGUAAUGAGUCUCUCACUGAUAAGAAUCCAGUUUCUGAAAGUAUAUUCGUGCAUGCUGGGCCUGACCUGAGGGAUGAACUCCAGAAGCUCAAAGGGUGCAGGACAGGCGAGGCCAAACUCACCAAAGGGUUUAAUUUGGCUGCACGUUUCAUCAUUCACACAGUGGGACCCAAAUACAAAAGCCGGUAUCGCACAGCAGCCGAGAGUUCUCUAUACAGCUGUUACCGCAACGUCCUGCAGCUCGCAAAGGAACAGGCAAUGUGCUCCGUAGGAUUUUGUGUCAUUAACUCUCUGAAAAGAUGCUACCCCUUGGAGGAUGCAACCCACAUAGCACUACGUACAGUUAGAAGGUUCCUGGAGAUUCAUGGAGAGACUUUAGAGAAGGUGGUGUUUGCAGUCUCUGAGCUUGAAGAGGCCACAUACCAGAAGUUGCUGCCUCUGUAUUUUCCAAGAUCGUUGGAAGAAGAGAUACAAUCCUUGCCUUACCUCCCCGCAGAUAUUGGCAAUGCGGAAGGGGAGCCUGUAGUACCGGAGCGGCAGAUCAGAAUCACUGAAAAGCCGGGUGUUCCAGAUGAUGCUUCAGAUGAAGAGGGUCUGGAGGCAGAUUUGUCUUUCAUUGGUUCCCAUGCUUUUGCCCGCAUGGAGGGAGAUGUUGAUAAACAGAGACGCCUCAUCCUUCAGGGCCAGUUGUCAGAGGCAGCACUGCAAAAACAGCAUCAGAGGAAUUAUAAUCGGUGGCUGUGUCAGGCAAGAGCUGAAGACCUCUCUGAUAUUGCUUCUCUUAAAGCCUUGUACCAAACAGGUGUAGAUAACUGUGGACGCACAGUGAUGGUGGUGGUUGGAAGGAAUAUCCCCGUAACAUUAAUAGACAUGGAAAAGGCUCUUCUGUAUUUCAUCCACGUCAUGGAUCAUAUUGCAGUGAAAGAAUAUGUCCUGGUGUAUUUCCAUACACUCACAAAUGAUUACAAUCAACUAGAUUCCAAUUUCCUGAAGAAGCUCUAUGAUGUUGUUGAUGCUAAGUACAAAAGGAACUUGAAGGCACUAUAUUUUGUCCAUCCAACAUUUCGUUCAAAGGUCUCGGCAUGGUUUUUCACUACCUUUACGGUCUCAGGGCUAAAGGACAAACUCCACUAUGUGGAAAGCCUUCAGCAGUUAUUCACAGCCAUACCUCCGGAACAGAUUGAUCUCCCUCCUUUUGUCCUUGAGUAUGAUGCCAGGGAAAAUGGGCCUUACUAUUCUUCUUAUCCUCCAUCCCCUGACUUGUGAUCCGCAGUCCUCCAAUGCUGCUGGUUUCCCGUGGAUCCGAUGACCUGAUGCCUGCCAAAACCUGUGCAUUUACCCAUGUACAGAAUUCAGAGAGAGGGUUUUCCUCCCCCAGCUCUGGUAUUUUUUUACUGAUGAGAUAUUUUCAAGCACUCAAGCAAUCAGAGAACUUUAUGCCACUGUGAACUGUACAACGAUUUCAAAUAUAUUUAUCCAAUGGAAAA